GUUUCGAUGUAGAAAAUGGCCAGGGCGCCCGAUCACCACUUGAGGGCGGCUCACCCAGCGCUGGUUUGGUUCUACAGAAUUUACCGCAACGUCGCGAAUCCUUUUUAUAUCGCUCCGAUUCGGACUUUGAGAUGUCACCAAAGUCAAUGUCCAGGAACUCAAGCAUUGCUAGCGAAAGGUUUAAAGACCAGGAGGCCUCUAUACUCAUUGACAGAUCCCAUGGCGAGGAUCUCAUUGUAACGCCGUUUGCCCAAAUUUUAGCCAGCUUACGUUCAGUGCGCAACAAUUUAUUAAGUCUGACAAAUGUACCAGCAUCAAACAAAUCCAGGCGGCCAGCUCAAUCAUCAUCCGGACGUGGCGGAAAUGCUGGCGGUGUCCAACUAGCACAAGGCGACGAAGCCUACACACGCCUAGCCACCGAUACCAUUGAGGAACUAGAUUGGUGCUUGGAUCAACUGGAGACCAUACAAACGCAUCGCAGUGUCUCUGACAUGGCGUCGCUAAAGUUCAAACGCAUGCUCAACAAGGAGCUAUCACACUUCAGCGAGUCCAGCAGAUCGGGCAAUCAAAUAUCCGAGUAUAUUUGUUCAACAUUUUUGGACAAGCAGCAAGAGUUCGAUUUGCCAUCAUUGCGCGUCGAAGAGAACCCGGAUCACUCGAACUUACAGACCACCACUCAGCAGCAGCCGUAUCAGCGUAGUCGAUCGCCGCGUGGUCCGCCCAUGUCACAGAUCAGCGGCGUGAAACGGCCCCUGUCGCACACGAACAGUUUCACCGGGGAGCGCUUGCCCACGUUCGGCGUGGAGACUCCCAGAGAGAAUGAGCUGGGAACUCUACUUGGUGAGCUUGAUACGUGGGGCAUUGAGAUAUUCAAAAUUGGCGAGCUGAGCUGCAAUCGUCCGCUCACCUGUGUGGCAUACACCAUAUUUCAGGUGAGUCAAUUUAGCAAUUGAUCAUUUGCUU